AUGGCGCCUCAACUCGUGCCGGCGCAUCUGCAGUCAGCGCAAGACCUGGCAUUCAUGGAUCUCGCGCUCCAGCAGGCAGAAGAGGCACUCGAGCAUGUUGAGAUACCCGUCGGCUGUGUUUUCGUCAGGAACAAUAAGGUCGUAGCCAGCGGACGUAAUCGCACGAACGAAUUGCGCAAUGCGACAAAGCAUGCUGAAUUCGACGCACUGUCCCGACUUAUGCCGCUCGAAGUCGAUGGAGAGGGCCAGACGAGUAUGAAAGACUAUACGCUCUAUGUGACGGUUGAGCCUUGCGUCAUGUGCUCGUCAUUGCUGCGUCAGGUCAAGAUUGGCAAGGUGAUCUAUGGCUGUGCGAACGAUCGCUUUGGCGGUUGCGGCGGCGUGCAGUCUAUUCACUCCGACGUCAACCUCAGGUACUCGCCCACUUAUUCUGCGCUGGGCGGAUAUCGACGCGAAGAGGCCAUCAUGAUCUUGCGCAGAUUCUACAUGCUCGAGAACAAGUCCGCGCCCAAGCCAAAGGUCAAGGCAAAUCGAGUACUCAAGCACGACUUUAAACCGGCCGAGGAAUUCUUUGUCGAAUGA